AAACGGGAUAGUCACGAUGAACUUGUGUACCUUUGAAAAUUAUUAAAAACACUAGAUAUGUGCACCUCUUAGUUGUAAACUGACCAACGUGAAUGUUAAUCUACAUUGAUCUUCGGUACAUAUGUACGUGUGAUAUCAUCUUUUAACCGUAUUAGUUAUUUGAAAACUAUGGCCAGUUCGAUUAGUAAUACUGGAAAUGGAUAUAAUUUCAAAGUUGUGUUACUUGGUGAAGGAUGUGUAGGAAAAACAUCAGUAGCAUUACGAUACGUUGAAGACAAAUUUAAUGACAAACAUGUUACUACUGUUCAAGCAUCUUUUUUAAAUAAGAAGUUAAAUAUAAAUGGCAAAAGAGUCAACUUAGCAAUAUGGGAUACCGCAGGGCAGGAAAAAUUUCAUGCACUAGGACCAAUUUAUUAUAGGAUGUCUAAUGGUGCUAUUUUAGUUUACGACAUUACAGAUGAAGAUACUUUUCAAAAGGUUAAAAAUUGGGUAAAAGAACUUAAAAAAAUGUUGGGCAGUGAAAUUUCUUUAGCGAUUGCUGGCAAUAAAAUAGACCUUGAAAAGGAUCGAAAUGUUUCGAUAGAAGAAGCAGAAGAAUAUGCGCAGCAAGUUGGUGCCAUGCAUUUUCAUACAUCUGCAAAAUUAAAUCAAAACAUUGAGCAAAUGUUCUUGGAUUUGACAUGUAGAAUGAUAGAACAUGCCGAUGAAGUAGAACAAAAGUCUUGUUUGCAAAGGACUAGCAGUACACGUCGGAAUGUUGUGGUAGUUGAAGAUGAAACUCAAGAAACUCGACCAACAAAAAGUUCUUGUUGUGGCAGUUCUUCCCAAAACUCAUAAAUUAAUAUUUUUAUUUUUGGGAAAGCUUUAAUUUCACAAGAAUAAUUAUAAAUAAUAUAUAUAUAAUGUAUAUAAAAAAACAUUAGCUUUUUGCCAUAUUAUGUCAAACAUUGUUGUAUUUAUCUUUUAAAAGAUAGUAUCUUUUUAACUAGAUAUUGAGUGCAAAAUAUAAAAUGUGCAAAUCUUGAAUGAUCGAACCUAAGAACAAAUACACAAAUAUCAUAAAAUGUUGUAAGUUUCAUAUAUAAUGUUGUAAUAUUGUGGUAUGUAUGCAAAUAUACAUUUGCAUG